UGGCGCUGUUCAUGCGCUCCACGAUGCGGGUUAACGAGUGGGUCGACUGCCCGUUCGGCCGAGAUUGCACCAAAGCAAGGACCUCGGGAGGUCUUCUAUACUGCUUUAAAAUCGACAAGUUCGUGUCUACGCCAGGAGCUUAUUUAUAAUGGCGUCUGCAUCAGCGCUCCUGCGGAGCCGCGUCCGGCGGCCUUCAUAUUUACAAAAGCUUGCCAAAGCAGAGGACCUGAUUGAGCUGUUUCCCAAUAACACUUAUGUGGGCUGGUCUGGUUUCACGGGCGUUGGCUAUCCAAAGAAAGUGCCCACAGCGCUUGCCGAGCAUGUCGAGAAGAACGGUUUGCAAGGCAAGCUCAAGUACAACCUGUUUGUUGGAGCCUCAUCUGGAUCGGAAACUGAGAACCGAUGGGCUCGCAACAACAUGAUCGAGCGGCGAGCACCGCAUCAAGUCGGCAAAGAAAUUGCCAAGGGAAUCAACAAUGGCAACAUCAAGUUCUUCGACAAGCACUUAAGCAUGUUCCCGGUUGAUCUCAUGUAUGGCUACUACACUCUCCACAAGGAGAAGAACCGACUCGACGUGGCAAUUGUCGAAGCCUCGGCGAUCACGGAAGACGGCGGCAUCAUUCCAGGUGCCAGUGUAGGAGCGUCUCCGGAGAUUAUCCAGAUGGCCGACAAGAUCAUAAUUGAAGUAAAUACUGCCGGUCCGUCGCUUGAAGGUCUGCACGAUAUCACCAUGACGGAUCUGCCACCCCGCCGGAAACCGUACCUUAUCAUGGCGCCUGAAGACAGGAUAGGUACUCCGCAUAUUCCCAUCGAUCCUGAACGUGUAGUCGCCAUCGUAGAGUCAGAUUACCGAGACCAAACCCAACCAAAUACGCCAGAGGAUGACACUUCGCGAGCAAUCGCGGCCAAUCUGAUUGAGUUCCUGAAGCACGAAGUCGAUCGUGGCAGGCUACCGCAGAACUUACUGCCACUGCAAAGUGGUAUUGGCAACAUCGCCAAUGCAGUCAUUGGCGGUCUGGCGUCUGGCGGCGCCAACUUCAAGAAUCUCAAGGUGUGGACCGAAGUCUUGCAAGACAGCUUCCUCGACCUUUUCGACUCUGGCAACCUCGAGUUUGCAACGGCAACAUCAAUCCGCUUCUCGCCAGAUGGCUUUCACAGAUUCUACGACAACUACGACAACUAUGCUCCCAAGCUACUGCUUCGUUCUCAGCAAGUCAGCAACAGCCCGGAGAUCAUCCGCCGACUUGGCGUCAUUGGCAUGAACACGCCGGUCGAGGUCGACAUCUACGCCCACGCCAACAGCACCUGUGUGCUUGGCUCUCGUAUGCUGAACGGACUUGGCGGGUCAGCGGACUUCCUGCGAAGUGCAAAGUACUCGAUUAUGCACACGCCUUCCACCAGACCGUCAAAGACCGAUCCGCAUGGCGUGAGCUGCAUUGUGCCAAUGUGCACACACGUCGACCAGACGGAGCACGAUCUCGACGUGAUUGUCACUGAGCAGGGUUUCGCGGACGUCCGUGGCUUGUCGCCACGGGAGCGCGCUCGAGUGAUCAUUGCCAAGUGCGCUCACCCAGAGUACAGGCCAAUAUUGCAGGACUACUUCGACAAGGCAGAGUAUGAAUGCUUGCGGAAGGGCAUGGGCCAUGAACCUCACUUGCUUUUCAAUGCGUUCGACAUGCACAAGCACUUCGUGGAGCAUGGAACAAUGAAGUUACCGAAGUGGACAUAGGCUACGUCCACCGAGCCAGCGACAUGUAAACAUAAACCAUCAUAUCCCUGUCGUCCACAUCAUUGUCUGUGACCCUCUUAUGCCAUCCUCGAGCCCACUCUCUCGACUUGCAUGGUGGUCGCCGCCUUGGUCUCCGGGUCGACGUCGAUCAUGUCCGCCUUCACCUCGCUAAUGUCGGCCACACCAGUCUCGGCGGCAUCGCCAUCGAAAAUCUUAGCAAUUUCCUCAAGAGUCGGGCCCUUGGUCUCGACAUAGAAGAAGUAGACCACGAUCAGCUCGAUGGCAAUCC